CGAGAAGUGAAAACGUCAGUAUGGCGGUGCUCCUUGAAACAACGCUGGGGGAUAUUGUAAUUGAUUUGUUCACCGAGGAAAGACCUAAAACCUCCCUAAAUUUCCUGAAAUUAUGCAAAAUAAAAUACUACAACUACUGCCUCAUCCACAAUGUGCAGAGGGACUUCAUUGUGCAGACUGGAGAUCCUACUGGAACUGGCCGUGGAGGAGAAUCUGUGUUCUGCAAGCUCUAUGGAGACCAGGCGCGCUUCUUUGACGCGGAGAAAGUGCCGCGCAUCAAGCACAGGAAGACGGGGACGGUUUCCAUGGUGAACAACGGAAAUGACCAGCACGGCUCUCAGUUCCUCAUCACGACCGGGGAGAACCUGGACUACCUGGAUGGAGUCCACACCGUGUUCGGAGAAGUCACAGAAGGGCUGGACGUCCUGACCAAGAUCAAUGAGGCUUUUGUUGACAAGGAUUUUGUCCCGUUUCAGGACAUCAGGAUAAACCACACUGUGGUGCUGGACGAUCCGUUCGACGAUCCUGCCGAUCUGCCGAUUCCUGAUCGAUCGCCUGAGCCCACCAAGGAGCAGCUGGAUAGCGGCCGUAUCGGAGCGGACGAAGUGAUCGACGACACGGACGGGAAAGGAGCCGAGGAGCUGGAGGAGAGGCUGAAGGAGAAGGAAGCCAAGACUCAGGCCAUCCUGCUGGAGAUGGUUGGGGACCUCCCGGACGCAGAUGUGAAGCCUCCUGAGAACGUUUUGUUUGUGUGCAAACUCAACCCAGUCACCACAGACGAGGACCUGGAGAUCAUCUUUUCACGCUUUGGCUCCAUAAAAAGUUGUGAGAUCAUCAGAGACUUUAAAACUGGAGAUUCCCUCUGCUACGCUUUCAUUGAGUUUGAGAAGCAAGAAGACUGUGAAAAGGCUUACUUCAAAAUGGACAACGUGCUGAUUGAUGACCGACGGAUCCAUGUGGACUUCAGCCAGUCGGUUGCAAAGAUCAAAUGGAAAGGGAAAGGUGGGAAAUACACUAAAGAUGACUUCAAGGCCUACGAGAAGGACUUGGAGAGCCGUUCUAAGCUGGCUCUGAAGGAUCAAGUGAAGCCCAAACAAGACUCCAAGUAUGACCUGCUAAUCGAGGAUGAGGAGGCGGCGAUGAGCCACCGGCACCCUGAGAAGAAACACAAGAAACACCAUCAUCAUUCAGACGAUGAGGACAGCAGGAAAUCCAAAAAGCACAAGGACAACGAGGAGAGCAGACGCGACCGAAAGUCUGGGCGCCAGCGUUCGGGCUCUCGCUCACGCUCGCGUUCCAGAGACAGAGAGCACAAACACAGCAAGUCCCGUCUCAAACACGGGAAGGAGAGCCGGGACAAAGGUCACAGAGAGCGCAGCCGCAGCCGCUCGCCCAGGAAGUCCAAGGAUAAAGACAGGAGCAGGUUCAGAUGAGGGAACUGGCUGGUAUUAUUUUAACUCUGACCUUUGUUUAAAAAUCACCCAACUAAAAGUGAAAAUGACAUCAAUUGUACAAUUUCUAGAUAAAUAAACCAAACUAAACCAAAA